AUGAAAGAAGAAAACAAAAAAGAUAUGAAUCUGAAUCUCAUCAUGCAGAAAAAAGAGAAAGCAGGGAAUGGGAGAAACGAGCUCGCCUCCACCAUGAUGGAAGGGAUGAAGAUGAUCGAAGCCAAAGAUCACAAUAUUAAUGCAAAAGAAACGUCUUUGGGAAUCUCCGAUGAGGCAUCCUGGCACGCCACAUAUAAAGAUUCUGCUUAUGUAUUCGUUGGCGGCAUACCUUUUGACCUCACUGAAGGUGACGUCCUUGCUGUUUUUCCUCAGUAUGGGGAAGUUGUUGAUCUCAAUCUUGUUAGAGAUAAAGAUACUGGAAAGUCUAAAGGAUUCGCUUUUGUUGCUUAUGAGGAUCAAAGGAGUACAAUUCUCGCUGUGGAUAACUUAAACCGUGCACAACUUUGGGGUAGGAAAAUCAGAGCUGAUCAUGUUUCCAACUAUAAAAAAGAAACAAAAAGUAGAAGAGAAUGA